AUGGAGGUGAAGGGGACAAAGGACGAAAUCGUUGACGCUCGCAUCCUGGUGGGGGCCAAUACCAAGACCAGGAGCACAGAGCACGCAGACAAUGGACCUUCAUGUUCCACCUUCAUGUUCCAUGGUCCAGGAUCGGAUUCAGGUCCGCAGCCGCAGGCCCCGCUCCCUUUGCCCGCGUUAGCGCCGCAGGGCGCCCCUACCUCCGAGCACAGCCCAACAGACGAGGCGGGAGGGGAUCACCCCGAAAGGCCGAAGCAGCAAGCCAAGGUGGACGCAGCCCGGGCCUGGGUGGGGCCGGGCGGGGGCCGCAGGCACCGAGUGGCCGCGCCAAGCCCCGCCAGCGAGAAGCAGGGGCGGCCGCGACAGUGCUGCAUUGUGCUGCAUCACGGCGAGGACGCCGCAGGCCCGGAGGGUCCUCGCGCCGACACAAACCUGUUGAAGUUCACGGUGGCAGGAGCCGAAGGGCGGGCGCUGCAGCGGCUCGGCGAACCAGGCGGCUCCCGCCCAGCCCUGGGAGAGGGGACAGCAGAGGGCGGGGACCGGGCGGGGGCGGGGGGGGCCUCCGGCUCAGCUGCAGCGCCGGGCAGCCGCGACCACGCCUGGCCGCAUCCCGGUACCGUUACGCUCAGCGCCCGGCCCUGUCACCGCCGCCCCCGCGUCCCACCCGCGGGGGUUAGGGGGAGGGCACCCGAAAAUACACCUCCCGGCUGCCUACUCCGCACCCACCCCCGCGCCAGGGCCGCUGAGGCCGGCUGGAGGGAGGAGGCGGCGGACGCAGAGGAGGAAUGGGCGCUGCUGCACCCGGGAUGGGGCCGGGCGACCGCGUUUCUCCCUCACGCCGUCCUUGCGCCUGCCCGGAGCCCCGCAGUCUCCCCUCCCCAGGGCCCGCCCGGAGCCCCGCAGUCUCCCCUCCCCAGCGCCCGUCAGGAGCCCCGCAGUCUCCCCUCCCCAGCGCCCGUCAGGACCUCCUCAGCCUCCCCCCAGCGCCGGCCCGGAGCCCCGCAGCGUCCUCCCCGGCCCGGGCCCCGCGGCGCGAGAGCCGAGCCUGGGGCGCGUCCGCGCUCUCCCAAGCCGUGGCUCUUCCCGGCCCAGCCCGCCCUCGCCCCUAGCCAUGGGGACUGGCCCCGGCUGGCCUGGGCGGGGUGGGCACCGCCGCCGCCGCUACCCGAGCAAAGGGACAAUGGGGGCUUUGUCUCCACAGCCGGCGAGGGCCAAUUUCACGUUUAA